AUGGAUUUUGAGCAGGGUGUAUCAUCUUUUUCCAAUAUGUUGAACUCUGAUUAUCGUAUUUACGAUGAGUUUACAACACCUGCAAAUGUAUAUUUAUCACAAGAUUGUGGUGGUGAAAGAAGUGAAGAAGUGAUUGUCAUUCCCUCUUCAGUUUGUUCUUCACAGACUACAAAAGAUAGAAGGCCGCGAACAAAGAAUUUCACGAAACAAGAGGAUGAGAUGUUGAUUUCGGCAUGGCAAAAUAUUUCAUUUGAUCCCAUCACUGGAGUUGAUCAAACCAAUGGAACAUAUUGGGAAAGAGUACACAACUAUUAUAUGAGGUACAAAAAUUUGCAAUCAGAUCGCACAUGGAACUCAUUGAUGCAUCGAUGGUCUGUUAUUCAACUUGGGGUUAACAAAUUUCAAGGAUUUUAUAAUCAAAUAGGUUCACCAAGUGGUUGUUCCGAAGAUGAUAAGAUCUCCCGCACAAAAGAGAUGUACAAGGACCUCUACCACACUAAUUUUUCAUUAGAGCAUUGCUGGAAGAUUUUGAGAAAUUUACCUAAAUGGAAUGCAAGUUUUGCAACAAAAAAGCCAAAAAACAGUCAAAAGGAUAGUGCAGCUUCUUCACCCUGUACUCCAGAAUGUGUGGUGUUGGAGGACUCGGAACUCAAAAGACCAGUUGGAAGAAAAGCUGCAAAAGAGAUAGAGAGAAAAAGAAAAAGAUCAGAAAAUGAACAUGAUGAUGGUGGAGCUGCCAUUUUGGAACAAAUGAGAGCUGAUCAUCUUGAGUCAAAAAAACAGAGGAAUGAACAUCUUAAAGAGAUGAUACAAUUAGCAAAAGAGAGAGCCGAACGUGAAAAAGAAAGAGAUGAACGUGAGAAGAUAAGAGAAGCUCAUGAACAAAAUGAAGCUGAUGCAAAAAUUAUGGCAGUGGAUACAAGUGAUAUGGGGGAUUUGGAAAAAGAGUAUUUCAACUCGAGGAAGAAAGAAAUCAUUGAGAGAAUUCGCUCUCGUACUACAACCUGA